AUGGGAUCUUCAUCUCCUCAUAUACGUGAACCAAACAGAUCAAACUCACUGAGCCCUUCACCAACUCAACCAUCACAACAAAGCUCUUCUAAUAAAAAUAAAUCUGAUAAAAUGAGAUACGAACUCAAGAUAAAUGGAAUCAACAUCAAAACAUUAUUAGAAACAUAUCGGGAUGUCUCAUUAAAAAUUGGAAAAGAGAAACAACUGCUUGUUGAAUCAAAUACUUACGAAAUAUUAUCAUUAUCAUACAUCCUAUUGCUUAUUCCCAAUUCUUAUUCCAAAACAAUAAUAAGAUCAUUUGGCAUUACGAUAAUGAAAGGACUUUUUCAUGAUCCAGACAAGACCUUAGUACAAUGGCCUAAUACUGAAUUACAUGAAAGCAAAAUAAGAAACUUAGCCAGUAGAGCAAAGCAGCCUGAUUUCACAGUUUCUUUAAUACAUCAACAACAAGUUGAUUCAGUGAUUUUUGUUGGAGAAAUUACGUUUUCCAUUAUAGCAAUACCAGGUUAUCUUAUUGAUGAAGUAAACAAGAUACAUCACAAAGAUCAUUUAGACAAACCAUUAUCAAUAACAUUUUACAUAGUUUUUGUAUGA